CUCUUUAAUGAGGAUUUGAAGUCCGCACCGCCCCCUCAAUAAAACCACCUCCUUCCCCUUCUUUACGUUCUUCGUUUUCUUCACGCGGCUGCUUCUGCCGGAAGCUAACUUCCUCUUGUGAAGCGUCGAUCUUGUUUUCUCUUCACAAAUCCCACACAAACCCUAACCCUAGACUUCUCCAGUAUCUCGAUUUGCUUCAUCUGUUUUUCAGCUCCGUUAAUAUAUGGCUUCAAAACCUCUGACAAACGAGGCGAUUGCUCUUACGGAGAAGAAAAUGGACAUGACAUUAGAUGAUAUUAUCAAAAUGUCUAAAAAUACAACCUUCAAGGCUAAGAAGCAAAGGGUUCCGAAUAAAAGUCAGACUUUUUUGAAUGGUACAGCUCAAGAGAAAUCCUCAAAGGUGCGGCGGUUUGUGGACUCGAGAUCCUCUCUCAGACAGGGGUUUCUUGCUCAAAGAAGGACAAAUUUCCAGGGGAACCAGUUUCCUUUGACAACUGAAGUUGCACGAAAGGCUGCAGUCGCUCCCAUCCGCAAUAGAGCUUUUAAUAAUCGAAGCCGUGUCGUUAAUUGGAAUAAAUCAAGGGUUGGAGGAAUGCCUGGUCCAAGGAAAGUUCCAAAUGGAGGCUUUGCAAAGGUGCAGCAGCAGCAGCAGCAGAAGCAGCAGCAGCAACAGUUAGGAAAAGCUGCAGUGCCUAAGCAGAGGCCUCAGACACUAGAUUCGCUGUUUGCAAAUAUGAAGGAGCAGAGGAUGAAGGUUCUGUCCCAACAGAACAAUUACACUGGGCGACGAGGUGCGGGUGGUCGACAAGGUGUCCCAUGGGGAAGAGGUCGAUUCGGCAACUAAACUAAUUUGGUGAAGUACUGGUCAAAAUGUUGUUGAGAGGAUUUUUCAGGUUGGAGUUUGCACACUGAAGGGGGUUUUGGAUUCUGCCAUCAUUUGUUGUCUGCUAGCUUCCAUUUUUAGUUCAAUUGAUAUGGGCAUAUUGUAUAGCUUUCUUCCCGUUAAACAUUGUCAUCAGGAACUAAUUGCUUCCAUUGUUGGCUCCCAUUUUUAUUUUUAUUUUAUUUUUAAUUUUUAAUUUUUUUUUUUUUUAUUUGUUCUGAAAUGUCUCAUUUGAAUUUCUGCUACCAACUACAAUGAGACAUUUUGGUGGGGCUCAUGUCAAUGCAUGGGUUUGGUGUCUAGAAAACUAGAAGACUUGGAAAUUACAUUAGAAAUCUUGAUAAAUAUGAUACAUGUUUGAGAUUA